CGCUUAACAUGUUUACAUCUUACAUUUUGUACAAAGCAAUGUAUUUCAGAACGAUAUUGCGAUUGCUUAACCCUGUGAGUGAACGGUGCAUUAUUUAAAACCGUGUCGCAAGAAAACUAGCUAAAUGCUAGCAAGCUAAUAUUGGUUAUUUUAGCAAACUAGCUAGCUAGCUCUGCACCUAUCGAUUGGCUAGUUUUUCAACUGGUGCAGUUCAUUCCAUUGCAUUCGCUUGCUUGCUAACGUUAGUGGAUAACGCUCUGAACACAGCUCGACAGCGAAAUGACCUAGAGGCCUUACAGAGACUCUGUGCUAUCAUCGGCUCCAGACAGCGUUAGUGGAGAGGCCUGGCCCAGACACGCAUAUAAAAACACACACACAGACACACACUCUCGCCUAGAGGCACAUCGUUUCCGAAGUGAGUGAUAACUACCUCAUCUGGCUCUAGCCGACCAAUAGGAGGAGGCCACAGACUUCCCAGCAGCCCCCUGCUUCAACCUACCUACCAACCAACCAACCAGCCCUGGUCUGACUGACUGGAUCUGUCAGCCCCUGCCCUCCCCACCCCAGACCUCCCUGAGUCCCCCUGAUCCCAGCCACCCUCUAUCUCAGCGGCAGGACCUGUCUGGCUCCCACAAUCCUCUCUGCUUGUGUACAGCCUAAAACGCUCGCGCUUCUGUCUGCUGCCCUAGAACAGUGAUCUGGCUGCGGCUCCUCCCACCCGAUGAUCCCUCUGCUUACAGCUUUUUAGACACUUUUGUAUGAGUUUUUUUUAUCGCUAGAGGUCUAUGCAUAGGGUGUGACAGGACAGGGGUUUCUCCACUUCCGAUCUUAAGGCUAGAUGACGCUCACUGGAGCUUUUCCUGAACUGAAGCUCUGCUUGGAAUAAGAACAGUUCCGCGCCGCACCUCUGAGAGCCUGGCCGGUGUUCUGUCUCUUCAAGUGCGAGCCUAAACAUUCAUAGAAGAACCUCUGGUUCUAAGGUUCUACGUUCCUCUCUUUUGCCCCCCAACCCCCCCGACAGAGUGAGUUGCAGCAGGACUGCACGGACGCGUUCGAGACACUGUACCCUCCCGCCCCAUUCUCUCUUUCUAUCGUCCUGUCCACUUGUUCUCUCCAUCGCCCUAUCUCUCCUUGAGAUGCGCCUUCUCCAGAUGAAGUUUCUAAACAGUCUGUCCACCUAACUCUCGUGGUGGACACUGUGGAGUGCAGGGGCAGUUGUGGUUGAGCGCGGCAGGCGUGUGCGUGUGGGGUUGUGUGUGUGUGGGGUUGUGUGUGUGUGUGAGUGUAGCAGACAGGCAGUAGCUGGGGGGCUAGAGUGUGUGUGUGUGUGUGUGUGUGUGUGUGUGUGUGAGAGACACAAAGCCUCCGCCAGGGUCCGUUCACCCCCUAUGUAUUGUUGCAGCGCACAGGAGAGUAAAAUGGACUACAAGCGGCGCUUUUUGCUGGGCGGGUCCAAGCAGAAAGUGCAGCAGCACCAGCAGUACCAGAUGCCCGAGCUGGGCCGGACCCUGAGCGCCCCGCUGGGCUCCGCGUGCUCGGCGCCGGUGCCCCCUCCGCCACAGCUGGCGCCGUGCCCCCUGCAGCCGGUGGCCAGCGCGGCCGUCGCCGACAUCCAGCAGGGCAUCUCCAAGUACCUGGACGCGCUGAACGUCUUCUGUCGCGCAAGCGCCUUCCUGACCGAGCUGUUCAGCGGCGUCUUCCGCAACUCGCACUACUCCAAGGCGGCCACGCAGCUGAAGGACGUGCAGGAGCACGUGAUGGAGGCGGCCAGCCGGCUGACUGCGGCCAUCAAGCCCGAGAUCGCCAAGAUGCUCAUGGAGUUGAGCGCUGGCGCCGCCAACUUCAAAGACCAGAACGACUUCAGCCUGCAGGACGUGGAGGUGCUGGGCAGAUGCUUCUUGACGGUGAUGCAGGUCCAUUUCCAGUUCCUGUCCCAGGCGCUGCAGAAGGUGCAGCCGGCUGCGCAGUCGUGCCUGGCCGAGGCGCUGUCCCAAGCCCAGGAGCGUCACGCCAGCAGCGCCUGCCCACAGAACUCCACCCCCGGACACACACCCCUCAGCGAGCUGGACGAAGCCUGCCGCUCAUGGAAAGCAGCCUCUGAGGCCACCCUGCGUCUGCGGGAACGGGGCAGAGAUGGCUGCAUGUCGGGGCUGCAGGUGCAGCAGCUCUUCUGCUCUCACAGCUCCAGCCUCCCAGAACACCAGCUCAAAGAGCUCAACCUCAAGAUUGACAACGCACUGCAGGCAUACAGGGCGGCGUUGGAGGGCCUGGGCCACAGUGAGUAUGCCCUGAAGGCUGGCUUCCACCUGAACCCCAAAACAGCCGAAGGAGCUCUGCAGGGAUGCUGCAGUGAGGCGGAGGCCCAGCAGGCGGGCCGGAUGCAGACCACCUCCCAGCCCAUUCAGUGUGAGCUGCCCACCAUCCCUGUGCAGAUCGGCUCGCACUUCCUCAAGGGCGUGUCCUUCAACGAGUCCGCCGCCGACAACCUCAAACUCAAAAUGCAUACCGUGCUGCAGCUGAUUAAGGAGGCGGUGGGCCAGAAUGGCGUGAGUGUGUGCGACGAGUCGCCCGUGACGGACGUGCUAAACCAGGUGUGCCCCUCCAGCUGGAGAGGAGCCUGCAAGACCGCCGUGCAGCUGCUGUUCGGACAGGCUGGCCUGGUGGUGGUGGACACGGCUCAGAUAGAGAACCGAGAGGCCUACGCACCCCAGAUCACACUUGAGGGCUCCAAAGUGGUGGUGCAGGUGCCUUCAACAUGGUGUCUGAAGGAGGACCCAGCCACCAUGUCACUGCUCCAGCGCAGCCUGGACCCAGAGAAGACGCUGGGGCUGGUGGACGUGCUCUACACCGCCAUCUACGACCUGAACCGCUGGAAGGAGCGCAAGGAGCAGGCUCUUCCCAUAAUCCAGAUUCAGCUGCAGCGCGAAAGCCCCGACUACGGUUCCCAUGUCGACCUGCCGUCCGGCAACGGCUCCAAGGCGUCCAGCGGCGGCGGCCUCCCAAAGACCAUCUCCAAGCUGACCUCUAAGUUCACGCGCAAGGCCUCCUCCAUCCCCAACACCCCGUCGCGCAGCCCCGGCGACAAGCCUCCCAAAGCGCCGGGUGUGGCCGACGGCCGGCUGCACAGCCUCCUCCAGCUGGGCGCCCUCUCCGGGGGACCCUCUGACCCUUCCCAGGGGCCCCUGGCCAACGGCGCGGGCCCCGACGAGCAGGGCAUGAACCUCCCCACCGACCAGGAGAUGCAGGACGUCAUCGACUUUCUCUCCGGCUUCAACAUGGGCAAGUCCCAGCAGGCCUCGCCGCUGGUCAAGCGCAGGAACUCUGUGCCCUCGUCUGGCGCCAGUGCCUCCGCCGCCGCCUCCGACAUCAAGCCCCCAGCAAGCUCCCAGCAUGCACUGCAGCCGCCCCCGCAACCCCUGCCGCCCCAGCAGUCACAGCCGCCACCUCAACAGCAGCAGCAGCAGCACCAGCUGUCCCUCCCCAAGCAGCCGCAGCCACCACCACCGCAGCAGCAGCAGCAGCCACCGCAACCUCCUCCCCAGCAGCCCCAGCCUCUGCAGCCUUCCCAGCAGGCCUUGCAGUAUUAUCAGCACCUCCUGCAGCCAAUCAGCCAGCAGCAGCAGCAGCAGCAGCAGCAGCAGCAGCAGCAGCCCUCUCCUCAGCUCCCCGGCCAGGCUCUGACCCAGCAGAGAGUGGCCAGCAAGUGGUUGGGGGGCUCCAGCCCACAGCCCCCUCCACAGGGCCCGCCGGGGGGUCUGUCUCCGAUGGGCCCGCUGGGGCAGUGGGGAGCCCCGGGGCUGCCGGACCUGAGCUCCGACCUCUACAGCCUGGGGCUGGUGAGCACCUACAUGGACAGCAUGAUGUCAGAGAUGCUGGGCAACAAGCCGCAGGGCCCGCGCAAUAACACCUGGCCCAACCGCGAGCAGAGCGACUCCGCCGUCUUCAACGUGCUAGGGGACACGCUGCCCUUUGACCCUGCAGUGGGCUCAGACCCAGAGUUCGCCCGCUACGUCGCCGGGGUCAACCAGGCCAUGCAGCAGAAACGGCAGGCGCAGCACAUCCGCCGCCCAGGCAACGCCCGUGGCAACUGGCCCUUAGCGGACGAUGCGCACCGCACCUGGCCCCACCCAGAGUACUACAGUGAAGGGGAUGCGGUGAACAGCAGCUGGUCAGCCAAUCAGGGUGACUCGGCCAGCUCGAGCGACGAGGCUUCCUCAGCCAAUGGGGACAGCCUGUUCUCCAUGUUCUCCGGCCCAGACCUGGUGGCUGCUGUCAAGCAGAGGAGGAAACACAGCUGUGGGGAGCAGGAGGUGUGCGCAUUGCCCUCUCCGCCUCUACACCAUACCACUGACGACAGCUGCCAGGACAGCAAAACCAAAACAUGGCCCCCCAAGGCUCCAUGGCAGCACUCCUCCUCCCAUACCAACACCAUGCCCAACCUGGGCUCGUCCCUCUACCAGAUGAACAUCCCCCCCUCCAGCCAGUGGAGCGACUCCAUUCAGAUGCUGCAGUCGGCUGUUUGGUCCACGGCCAGCGACUGCUCUCCCUCCGGCGGCCUCUCGUCCGGCUACCACUUCUCUCAGCAGCAGGGGCCGCCACAGCAGCAGGGGCCACCGCCGCAGCCCCAACAGCAGCCUCCGCAGCUCAACAAGCAGCCCAUCAGCAAGGGCUUCAAGUCCUUCCCCCACAAGCCCGAGAACCGGCCCUCCUAUCUGCACCAGUACUGAGCAGCCAUGGAGAGGGGCCAGUGCUCCUCCUCGGCCCUUUUUCUCCUGUGCUCCAGGGCUUGUGCUCUUGGCACCUGUAGCAGGGCUUACACGAGGAGGGGAGGUCUCUGGAUAGGGGUUUACCUUUCUGUGUGUUUUUUUUUUUUUUUUGGUUAUGUAUACGCAGGUUUCGUAUUCUCCCUUCCUUGGCAGAGGUACCAUCUGCGUUUCGAGGACAAGGCGGCUUUCUGAGCUGUCCUGUCGAGAAAAGCGCAUGAUCGCCCGCAACCCUUUGACCCCUGUACUGCGGUUCCAGCUCAUACUGUGGCGUCCCCA